CGAUGCUCGGAUUCCUCAAGGCCAAGAACGUGUCUUCGCUGCGUCGCCAUGUCGCCAACCGCGCAUUCUCGUCCUUUGCCGUGCAGAAUCCGUACACGUUGAAGACAGAAUUCGAGGUGGCGCAGCAUUCGAGCAAGGAAUCCGCGGACAUUCUUGUUCGUGUGAAAAAGGCCCAACGGGAAUGGGCAAGUGUGUCUCUGGACGAGCGCAAGGCGAUAUGUACCAAGUGGACAGACGUGCUCAAUGCGAACAUCGACACGAUUGCGACGGAUAUUUCGCGACAAAUGGGAAAGCCCCUGAGUCAAGCCGUGGGAGAAGUGAAAGGCACAAUUCAGCGCGCCAAGAUUAUGAUUGGGUUGGCGGACAGGGCGUUAGCGCCAACAACGUCGUUCCCCACUUCAAAAGACCCCGGUCUCUUCCGUGAGAUAUCCAAGGAGCCCAUCGGGGUUGUGUUUGUCAUUGCACCAUGGAACUACCCGAUGAUGACAGUCGUCAACUCGGUGGUCCCUGCACUCCUAGCAGGAAACGGUGUACUGCUUAAACACUCUCCACAGACUCCUCUGUGCGGAGACCACUAUGAAAGGACCCUGCAUGAAGCCGGAGUCCCUCGCGACCUUCUUCGUUCGGUGCAUUGCUCGCAUGCGUCUGCCGCGGCGGUCAUAGCCAACCCCCUCGUCAACUACGUCUCAUUUACGGGUUCAGUCCGCGGAGGAGCUCAAGUGCACGCUGCAAUCGGGGCCAGUCGAUUUAUCAACAGCACACUCGAACUUGGCGGCAAGGAUGCGAUGUACGUCGCCCCCGACGCCGACAUUGAGACCGCGGCGUCGGGGCUCGUUGACGGCGCGUGCUACAAUGCUGGACAGUCGUGUUGUGGUGUUGAACGCGUCUACGUCCACCGGUCGCAAUACGAAUCGUUUCUUGAUGCCGCCGUUCCUCAUUUCAAUGCGUACAAGCUGGGCAAUCCAUUGGAGGAAGGCACGACGCUGGGGCCCAUGGCCCUAGCUUCGGCGGGCGACGCACUCGCCCAUCACGUGGCCGAUGCGGUCGCGAAAGGCGCCAAGGUGGUUACCCGAUCAAGAAAUCCCGCGGAAACCAGAGAUGCCACCGGCCACGGCCGCUUCUUCCCUCCAACUCUCGUGCGAGACUGCACGCACGACAUGGCCAUCAUGAAGGACGAGUCGUUUGGCCCGAUAUUAGGUGUCAUGGCCGUGGAUUCCGAUGAAGAAGCAGUCAAGCUCAUGAACGAUAGCUCGUACGGGCUCACCGCGGGCAUUUUUACCAAAGAUAUGGAUCGUGCCAAGCGAUUGGGGAAGCAGUUGGAAGCGGGCACGAUCUAUAUGAAUCGAUGCGAUGCCGUGGAUGCAUAUUUGCCGUGGACGGGCGUGAAAGACACGGGAAAGGGCCAUUCGUUGUCGGAGCACGGGUUUGCCGCCUUUACCCAGUUGAAAGGGUGGAACUUUAAGCUACCGUGACCAUUGCUUGCGAGCUCGUUGCCGAAGCCGACUGCCGAAGUAGACUCCCGUUGCUUGUUAAUGCCAUGUCUGCUGCUCUCGU